UCGCAAGAUAUAUACGUCACUUUGCGUCGCCUGUUUCUGCCGAACGUUUCUUGAUAGUUCAGAGUUAAUAAGUAGAGUUUAAUUCAAAUUUUUCUCAUGGCGAAUGGAUGCAAGGAUGUAUUAUUUACUCGUGGAACUGGACAUAGUGAUGAUUCGGAUAUAUGGGAUGACACUGCACUGAUCAAGGCAUACGACAAGGCAGUUGCAUCGUUUAAGACUGCUCUUAAGGGUGAAGAUGAACCACAAACAUCCAAGAAAAAUAAUCCGGGGAAAAAAAGGAAGAACAACAAAAAGAGCCAGACCAGAAAAAGAGCUAAUGCAGCACCAGAUAAAGAGUGGCAGGUUGGAGACUCCUGUUGUGCUUACUGGUCAGCAGAUGGUCAGCUGUAUGCAGCCACCAUCUCCACCAUAGACCAGAAGAAGGGCACUUGUGUUGUGGUUUAUACUGGCUAUGGCAACGAGGAGGAGCAGAACCUCGAAGACUUGCUGUCAGAAAUUUCUGAGGCUGAAGAAGAAACAAAUGCCAAGGUGAAUGAGGAAGAAUCUUCAACAGAAGAAAGUGACCUGUCGACCACACCGAACCAGCACAAACACCAGCCUCACAGUAAAACCCAAAAGUCCAAGGCUCACAAAGAACUGCCUUCUAUGGGGGCUCCAGGUUUCCCUGGAUUUCCCCCAGGCCCCCCUCCCAUGUAUAAUAAUAGACGGGGGGAAGGCAGGCAGUCUGGUGGACAUGGACCCAUUCCACCCUCCUGGCCUCCCAUGAUGCCUUUUGGGCCACCUGCAAGUGCGCCAGGAAAUGACUGGAAAGACCUGCUGAUGGAAGCCACCACUGAAGUUCUGAAGCUGGGUUCAUCCCCUAUGGCUCUGCUGUUCCAGGCCUUGUUUCAGUUUGUGACCAAGAUGGGGGCUAGGUCAGUGCUUCUUACUCUGCUGUUUCCACUGCAGCAGGAUCUGUACUAA